AUGAGAAGAAAUUUAGUGUUGGCAAGUGAUGUUUCAUUGGAAGAUGGUGAAAUUGAAGAUGAUGAUUUGGGCGACAUUCCGAGAAAUAUACCAAUGGAAAUAAGAUCAAAAAAUGUGACCCAUGUUUCAUCGAUCAGUCUGGACGAGGAACGAGAACGUGAAGUAGAUCGUAUUAUUCGUGAAGUGCAGGUCUUAAAAUCUAUUCAGGCACUACUUAUCUCUUCAAGUUCACUUAUUGCUUCAAGUCUGUCAGAUUCGGUGCUUAUCAUUUUAGUUCCAACACUGUUACGACUUAUUAUCGAGGAAGCAACAGAUAGGUCAGAAUUCACGAGUUUAGCGUUUGCUGAACAUUCAGUUGAAAAUAUGAAUUCGGAUGAUGAAGAUGCUUUACGUUUAGCGAUGUUAAAUACAAGCAAAGAUGAAAGAUUUGUACGACAACCUAUAUCACACGAAGCAGAAGAGGGAGAAAUCAUUGAUACUUCUUGCAUGGUACCAAGUAAUCAACAAAUAAACGUGCAUUCUUCGCGACAAUCCUGGAUGCAAUUGGAACGAAAGCAAAAUAACGGAUUUCAAAGGUAUAGUGAUAUGCAAAUGCGCAUAAAGAAUCGUAAAUUCGACGAAACAGCGGUACCACUCAAGGUGACGGUACGGAAUGAUAACGAAGGUGGUUACCCAUGUUGCUUCUUAAAUAAUCAACAAAAAGUCGCUGCACCGAUCAGUAGUGUGGCGAUGUUGGAAACAGCUGUGAAACAAUUUGCAAACCCAUUUGAGGAGCAGCUGCAUCGACUUCGAUUGAGGAUUGAAGCAAGUAAAUUUUCGAAGAAAGUGGAAAAUUUGCGAGAUAAUUAUGAGCAAGUUGGAAUGGAUAUCGUAGACAGUGAUCGAGAUUCGCGUUCGCGAUCAUCGCCAACAUCACCGUUAUUGAAUGUUAUGGCUCUUUGUCCUCAUGAAAUUCAAACCCGAAGUGGAGUACCAUCCGAUGGUGCUGAUAACGAGGAGGAUGUCGAUCAGCUGCGUGCUGAACUCUUAGAGCAGAUAAUGCAAAAAAAGAACGACAAGAAAUUAAGAUCGGUGAAACCAACACUUGAAGAAGGUGAAUUAAGCAGUACAAAUUCAGAAGAACGAGCUGCUCAUAGUAGUAAUGAAGGACCAAGUUCCAGUUACAGGGCCGAAACACAUUGUUCUAAAAGAUUUACAAAUGUCGUAGAACAAAAUCGGAAGUCUGUGAUGGAUCGGAAGCGUUCAAGGAAGGGUGAUUCUAUAUCAAGUGGCAGUGAUGAUGGAGCAGGUCAAGACUACCGCACCAAGCUACCACGAAAAAGAAAAGAAAACUUUCGAGAAGCUGUUCCCAAAAGGAUACGCUGGAAAUCAAAGGAUGAAUUUGGCGACAUGUCAGGAACAGAAGAGAGAAAGACUGAAGAAUGGGAACAUAUGAUUGAUGUUGAAAAGAAAAUGUUGAAGGAAAUUGAAAGGAAAUUAAGGCAUCGUGACGAUCAAAAAUGUGUCACGAGAAGGAAACGUGAUAAUUUUUUGGAGAGAGCGAAUCAUUGUGCUCAUCAACUUGGUGUUCUUGAAGCGGAGAUGGAAGUACUUCGAUGUGAUCAAGAAAAGGUUAAAGGACGUUUAUCAUAUUUGGAACGGCAGUUGAGUAAAGUACAAUUUGAAGAGAACUGCAAGGAAACAGAGAGGAAGACAUUUGGAAAAGAAAGUGAACGAACUGGAAGAUUAGUAGAGGAAGCUGAACCGAUAAAAAAUAUAAGCAAGGACGCUGGGCAUAUUUAUGACCCUACUCAAAUAAUGAUUAAGUCGAAAAAUGAUGCCGAAGAGUCGAAAACGGCAAAAACACGCGUUUUAGAACAUUCUGAACUAUCGAGUACGACUAUCGCGAUGGAUUAUUCUGAUGAUCGAGAUGAUAUUUCAAGACCUACAAGUAGUAGUAGUGGAUCGCAUCAUUCUUCUAUAGAUAUCUUAGGGGAUUCCGAUAUAAUCGAGUUAUCAGAUUCGAGUGAUUCAAUGAAUGGUCUUAUCGCAGCUAUGCGUGAGUUAGAGCAGGAAGAGCUGGAUGCAAAUUUCAUUGCAGAAGCUGCAGCAGUGAUUAACCCAAAUGUUUGUCACGAAAGUCAACAGAAAGAAAGAAAGAUCAGUCGUACUGUAACACUAAGCGAAAAAGAUGUUAAUGAACUUAAAAAUAAUCCAUUGAUUAUGUUUAACGGGUAUCGCAUAUCUCCAACAUUCCCUUACCGUCUGAUAGCCCAUAGAGCUUUGUCAAACAAGUUGGAUCCGUUGAAACCGCUUUGUUAUUAUGAAUUAUUAGGAAGAUGCGCUGAUUCAACAUGUUCAAUGCAACAUGAAGAAGAUUAUUUGCUGUCCGAUGAAGAACUGAUAUGUAGUGUAUUGGCUUAUUGUCCGAAUCUUUGCCCACCUAAAAAAAUGUUUUCCGAAUAUGCUCGUGAAAUAUUGAAAGAGCAUCAAGCGAAGUCAGUGGGAGAAAUUAUUGAGGAUAUGUUGAGAAACCUUCCUGAUACUGAGCGUUGGAUAAGAGUUUGUGAGAUGGCUACCAAAUCUGAGUCGCUAUCGAAAUGGUCUUCGAAAGAUGAAUCCAUUGAAUAUGAAGUACCUCAACAAUUCCGUCAGUUAUCACUGUAA